AUGUCUUUUAAAACACCAAUGAGAACAAGGUCGUCCUUGGGUAAUUCGUCUAGCGCGUCUGUUUCAUCAUUAUCUACACCCACGCGACCAUCCUCAUCCGCCAAAUCAACUUUUCGUCCUCCGUCAAGGCCAACAGUACUUAGAUCGUCCUCACCUGUAUUGCAACAUCAUCAUCACCAGCAGCAAUCACAGCCAAGGUCAAGGCCAGGAUCGUCCCUUGGCACGAGUCGCCCUGGGACCCCCGUUAACUCGGGAAGUUACUGUCGUCAAGAACCCUAUACUGGUACCAUAACUGUAUCUAUUCGCCCCAACCCUGAAUCAUUUACCCAAGGAGCGCAACAAAAUUGGUACAUAAACUCGUAUAAUAGCAGCAUAUCUCAUGUCGAUGGGAGCAGCUUUGUCUUUGAUAACGUCUUUGACAAUGACGUGUACCUGAACAACAAUUACCAAGUGUACUUGAAAGCAUGCAAGCCCAUUGUGGAGAAAUUUCUUGAUGAAGGUUACAACGGCACUGUUUUUGCAUAUGGAAUGACUGGGUCGGGGAAAACGUACAGUAUGAAGGGUAAUGAGAAGGAGUCCGGGUUUGUCGAAAUGGCGGUGAAUGAUCUCUUUGACAAGAUUGGAAGUUUGGGAGAAGAAGUGGUGAAACAUCAAAUUAAUGUAUCAUAUCUUGAAAUAUACAAUGAACGCAUUAUUGAUUUGUUGAAUACUGGCAAUGGCAGUAUUAAUGGCAACGAUUUAAAGAUUAGAGACGAUCCAGAGUUUGGCGUCAAAGUAACGGGAUUGACCACGCCUAUAGUCACUUCCAAAGAGCAACUUCUAACCUUGAUCAGAAGAGGUGACCUUAAUAGAAAAACGAGCGCCACCGAUUUCAAUGCGAGGUCUUCUAGAUCACACUCGAUAUUGCAAAUUAGACUCAAAAUUGUGAAUGAGAUUACCAGUUGUGAAACGACAUCCACAUUGUCAUUGUGCGACCUUGCAGGUUCAGAGAGAGCGUCUUCAAGCUUGGAAAGACGAAAAGAAGGUUCAUACAUCAACAAGUCAUUGCUAGCCUUGAGCAAUGUCAUAAACAAGCUUUCAGCAUCAUCGCAUGGUGUUGUGGAUUAUCAUAUAAGUUACCGAGAUUCAAAAUUGACGAGAAUAUUGCAGCCUGCAUUAAGUGGUAGAAGUUUGGUACUGAUAUUGUGUACAAUUCAUAUGGGUUGUGGAAGCAAUGCCACUGCACAGCAAACUGUCUCCGAGACCUACAAGACUUUGAGGUUUGCUGCCAGGGCAAAGGAUAUUGUAAUUAAUGUUGAAAAAAAUGUUGGAAGAGGCAUAGAGGUAACUGAUCCAGAAACAUCAAAACUAAUUCAAGAGUUGAACAAUACAAUUGAACAGCAGCGACAUGAAUUGUUGAUGUUGAAAUCGAGUGGAUAUACGGAUACCUCAUCUCCUGUGGACACAUCAGUGUUGGACAAUGCAUUAAAAGCGGAGAAUAAAGUUUUAAUGGAAAAGGUCACUUAUCUCAGUCGACUCACCGAUUUGCAAAAAACAGAAACGGUGAUUGUGAAAGAUAGUGCGCUCAAUGAUAUUAUUGGCUCUGGUGCCGAUAACGCUCAAAUAUACGUUGCCAACAUUGAAGAGUUGUAUAAGCGAAUAACCCACGAGAGGAAUGAAUAUGACAAUUACAUUGCUCGCCUUGAACAGCAGUUGAAGAUUGCAUACACCAAGAAUCCACAUCGUAGCACCACCAAUUCAGACAACAAGGAGUUGAUGGAAGUGCUCAAAGAGCAGGAGGAUGAAAUAAUGCAGCUUAAGGAAACGAUCAAGGACAAAGAUCAUAUAAUCAAGAGUUUUUCCAAAUCUUCAAGAUUGCGGAAAUUGGUGGAAUCAAAUGCCAAAGUGAAUGUUUCUGUCAAUAAGACAAACUAUGUUGCCAUGGACCAAGAGUAUAAACGCUCAAUGGGAAUACAUAGUCAGGACAGUGACGUGACCAUGGAUAAAGAGAAUGAAGUUGGUGCAUAUGAUUUUUCUGUGGGUCCAAAGAAGGCAAGAGCUUGUUUUGAUAUCGUUCAAACGCUAUAA